GAUGAGAAUGAUUGAGAGCGUUGACUCCGUGGUCACCAGAUCCAGUGAAGACCUCUGGGCUGAAAUCUGUUCGUGUCUGCCUCAUCCCGAACAGAAGGAUGCCAGCGCUGCUUUUACAGACUCCUUCCUGGACUCCUAUGCUGACGGAGGCAGCCAGGGCAACGGAUCAGCUGGCUCUUCCCAAACCAACCUGAAGCCCUGGGCACCCCUGAAUGAUUCAGAGGUGUAUUUAGCAUCCCUGGAGAGGAGGCUGAUGAGGAUCAGAGGCCUGUCUCAGGAGCUGACCUCCAAGGACAUGCUGCGCACCCUCUCCCAGGCCAAGAAGGAAUGCUGGGACAGGUUCCUGCAGGAGAAGUUGGAGUCCGAGUUCUACCUUGAGGGACACGACACUGAUGAGAGUACACUGGAGCACCUGAAGCGCUGGCUGCAGCCAGAUAAAGUGGCCAUCAACAGUGAGGAGGUGCAGUGCCUCAUCCCUCCAGAGCCUCAGCCAGAGAAGCAGGAGCUCCAGGAAGAGCCUCCAGCUGCAGAGCAGUGAGAUCCACACCAGAAGCUGCCUCCUGUCCAACCCUGCUGACAGCAACAGCAACAACAGGGUGGGAGGGGAAGAAAUGUCAAUUGUCUGUCAUGUAGGAAACAAAAAACCCAACACGCCAAACCCGUGUCUGGGCCUCCAGACACAGCAACUGGUGUUUAAGGGCAGGAGUGGAGCAGCAGGGGCACUGAACUGAAACCUCACCUUGAUCUGCUCCCAUCCUUUAGCAAUAUGAUCAUUCCAGUCUGAAUGUGAGGUGUUUGGAAUCCAUCAGAUGUGAGACAGCAAAAAGCAGCUGUUCGGAAGCACCAGAAAGCCUCCUGGUCUAGAACAGAACACCACCUGUCUUGUACCUUUUUAUUACUCAGUUGGGCAUUUUUGGUUCUUUCCUGCAAACUCCACUGUGGUGAUUUCUGUAGUUCUGGGCUAUUGAAGCUUGAGCUGGCCCUGAGCUGAAGGAGACAGCUUUCACUUCCCUGAAUUUAAAGCCCUAAAGGCAUUUCAGUUGGUGGUCCCUAUGUAACAUUCCCCUCUGUAGUGCUCUCUCCUGCAGUACUCCACUUUGUUGCCCAAACUAUUAUAGAAUAUGCUGGAGGAAGAGUAAUUUCCCCUCCUGUUGGUCAUUUUGUACCUGUUCUUCAUCUCCUUCAGCCUUUCCAAAAAAGGCUCAGAUGAGAUUCUGUAUCAGGAAACCAAGAGUGACAGCCAGGGAGGCUACAACCAACUUGUUUUCACUACAGACUUGCACAGAAUCACCUGAUUUAAACACGUCCUGGUAUUGAAUUGCUUUCCAUCCUGUUUCACUCUGCAGUUUUCCCAUUACUAACGGGAUUCUGUAAUCCUCUACUUGUACAACACUGGUUGCUUCCUUAGCUUAUACUUUCUGCCUUGGCAUUGACACUGGAGGUAGAUAGAGGGAGGCAGCAGCCACCUCCUGUCAGCCACAGCUCAUGGAGGCAGGAGCUGCAGAAGUACUUCUGGCAGUUCUUGCACACUGGAGUCAUCCUCAUCACUUACCUGUAUGGAAAUGCAUUUUUUUAA